AUGCAUAAUUUGAGUGAUAAUUUAUCUCAUGUCAAGAUAUAUGGAAAAGAAAAGAGAGAUAUAGGGUUGGAGAAAUUUAAAUACUUACCACCAUGGAAUGAGCCAUAUAUUAUUGGAAUCGCAGGGUUUAGUGGAUCAGGAAAGACGUCUAUUGCACAAAAGAUAAUCAAGGAGUUGAAUACACCCUGGACCAUAUUGAUUUCGUUGGAUAAUUUUUAUAAACCAUUAAGCAAAGAGCAAAGUGAAGAGGCGUUUAAGAAUGAGUAUGAUUUCGACAAACCCGACGCGUUAGAUUUAGAUUUGUGCUACGAGUGUAUAUUAUCGUUGAAAGAAGGCAAGAAGAGUGAGAUACCUAUAUAUUCGUUUGAGAAACAUAGCCGAUUGGAGAAUAAGAAAAUAUUAGUUUAUGGAGCCAAUGUGAUUAUAAUUGAAGGGUUGUAUGCGUUGUAUAAUGAGAAGUUAUUAUCGAUCAUGAAUUUAAAAGUUUAUGUUGAUACGGAUUUAGAUAUUUGUCUUGCGAGAAGGUUGAAUCGAGAUAUAUUGUAUCGUGGGAGGGAUUUGAAAGGGGCGAUUAAACAAUGGAAUAAGUUUGUUAAACCGAAUAGUGAACGAUACAUCAAGCCUACGAUUAGUAAUGCGAAUAUAGUAAUACCGAUGGGAAGUGAUAAUAGUGAUAACAAGUAUAAUUUCAAUUCGAUAAAGAUGAUGAUAGAGCAUAUUGAUAGACAAUUGGGUUUAAAAUCAAGAGAGCAUUUAAAACAUUUAAGAAAUUUGGGAAUUAAAUUUGACAAUAAUAGUAGCAGCAAUGUGAAUGAAAAGAAGAAGAGAUUGAUUAAAUUGGAUAAAAAUAACCAAAAUCUAUGUAUUCAUAGUAUAUUGAUUAAUAAGAAAACUAGCCGAGAUGAGUUUAUAUUCUAUUUUGACAGAAUAGCUAAUUUAUUGAUUAAUAAAGCUAUGGAGUUGAUUGAGUUAGAGUUAAGCAGUGAGGUUGUUUGUAUUAAAAUCUUAAGAUCCGGGGAUUGUUUUCUUAAUUCAUUAAAAAAGAAUAUACCGGAUAUUAAGAUUGGGGAAUUAUUAAUUCAAUCCGAUUCUAAAACUGGAGAGCCCAAGUUGCACUUUGAGAAUAUAAGUAAAAUACAGAAAACUUUUGAGGAAAAGGAUGGAAUAAAGAAGAAAAGAAAGUAUUUUUUAAUGGAUGCGCAGAUUAUCAGUGGAGCAGGUAUAAUCAUGGCAAUUCAAGUGUUAAUUGACCAUGGAAUUGAGUUGGAGGAUAUCAUUGUGGUGACGUAUUUGUCGAGCGAGAUUGGAAUUCGAAGAAUCUUCAAUGCUUUUCCUCAAGUUUAUUUAGUGGUGGGCAAAAUGGGGUCGAUUGCGAAAGAGUUUGAAGAGUCCGAGGGCUCUGAAGCAGAAGGAAAAGAAGAGGAAGCAGUAAAGUUUGGAGAGGAAAACGACAAUAGUUGGUGGUUCAAGACGAGGUUUGUUGACACUUUUUACUUUGGAACAUAA